AUGUCUACUAUCGUACUUGAUGCACGUACUAUUGUUGAAGUUUUAUCAUGCUUGAAAGUGGGCAUUAAUGUUGAGGAUAUCAUACAUCCUUCACCGGACAGAGUGCAAAAUAUUUACCGUGCUUUCUGUAUGGAAAUUAUGAAUGUCCCGGAGAGAUCAUUGAAUGAGCUACCAUUUGAAUGUCAAUUCUCUCCUGAUAUGGCAGAUAUGAACCAGAAAAGCGGACCACUACUUCUUCUGUUCACUACACUGCGAUGUUUUUUCAUGGACUUCGGUGAUCCCAAUAUGAACUUCACUAUGUGUGAUCUCAUUAAUCCGCAGCCGAAAAGAACUCGGAAACUUUUUUCGAUCAUUGCAGAUUACACUACCUUCUAUCAGAAAGCGUCACAAGUGUUUGAAAGCACAAGCAGUGAGUACGAUAACGCCCGGAAAGUGAUAGAGGAGGGAAUGGAGCAGGUUCGCCUAGCAGAAGAAAGAAAAAAUGCCCUGCGAAGCGAUCGAGAUAGUCGAAAAAGGAGAGAGAAUGGGCUUCUGGCCGAAAGCGGUAAGAAAAAUGCCGUUCUCACCGAAUUGAUGAAAGAAGCUCAAGCGAGUGAAUGUCGAAGGGAUGAGAUUGUAAAGUUGAUCGAAGACGGCAAACAAGAAAUUGUCAAAGGGUUCGCGGAAAUAGAGGCACUCAAAAGUGAGAUUCAACAUCAUUCUAAAGCCAUUGUGGAAUCUCCCGAACGAGUUCGUAAUGAUGUCGACGAGCAGCGUGAGCAAAUCAGGCGUCUUCAAGAACAAUGUGAUACCGAAAGGCAACGAAUUGUGAAUAACAACGCGAGUAUGUCCGUGAUCGAGCAAGCCUCGAAGCUGAUUGACGAGCGUUUCAAAGAGCUCGAACGUCUUCGCAGUUUUCAGGCUGAAGUAGAAGUUCUGGAUCACGAAUGCGCAAAUGCCCAGGAACAGGUGGCCGAAGCAAACAAAUAUAAGAUGCGAAAAGAGGAAGCAUUAAACAGACUGGUGAAAUCAGGUCAAGAGGAAGAGUUAAGUCACAGGCGUGCUCUGGAAGCAUACAGUUCAAGGCUUCAAGAUUUGAAGCUGAGGAAAAUGGAAUUGACAAACUUCCUGAGCAUUCCUAUGAUAGAUGGCAAUUGCCCUCAACCCGGUAGUUUCAGUACCAUAAAGGACUUGCGAGAAAAUGCUUCUGUGAUUCGGGAUGAGUCUGCACAACUACAAAAGGAAAUGGUCCGAUUGCGCAACGAAAAAACAGAAGAGACCAAACGCGCACGCGAAUAUUGUUUAGAACUCCGAAGGCGAUUUGCCGAGCUCCUGGGGAAGUACCGCAAAGCUCAGAUGCUUUUCCGUGCACAAGCCGCAUCAUUCGCUGAAGCUGUGCAAAACGUCUCUAUGGGCCUUGACGACUUAGAACCAGUGGUUCGAGACCUCAAUUCAUUGUCAUUGUCAGAAUAA